UUUCCACGAGUUGAAUAAGUGAGACACGUGUAGCAGGAACAAUAUAAAGAUGGUAGAUAAAAUUACGGAGGAACAUAUAAUAUAUGCUUGUAAACAUGGAAGUUGACAACAAUGAUGAGGUCGGCAACAGCGCUGAGAUAUCGAAAGACGAGAAUCAAGGUGAACCAUUAGCCGUUGAAAUUUUGCCUGUUAUCAAAGAAGCUCAACAGCAUCAUGGACUUCGUCAUGGUGACUAUCAAAGAUACAGACAAUACUGCCAGCGAAGAUUAAAACGGAUUCGUAACUCACUUCAUUUCAAGUUGGGUACGAGACAUGGUUUCAAAGGAAAAAAGAUCACAGAAGAGAAUGCAAAUGACUCGAGAUAUCUUGCCAUCUUGCUUAUGGAAGCAGAGCGAUGUUGGAGUGCAGCCAUGGAGUUGAAACUGUAUGCCAACACCGAACCUCGAAAGAAAUUUCAUAUGGUGCGAAAGCUUGCUAAGGCGGCCAAGUAUGCCGACGAGUUGAACAGCUUGUGUGGUAUGGAAAAGGUUGAUGCUAGGACGAAGCUGGAAUCUCAAGCGUAUUCCUACUGGAUGACUGCUAACAUGAAAUUUGAAGUUCAAGACUGGCAAACUGCGAUUGAUUUGUACACACAAGCCAGAUCAAUUUACGAGAAACUUGCUGGAGCCUUCAUGGACGAAGGAAUGAAAGCAAUGUACAUGCAGAGAGUUGACGAAAUCAGUCCCAACAUCCGAUAUUGUGCGUAUAACUUGGGACAAGGAGGCAUGGAUAUCAACGAGUUGAUGAAAAUGAGAUCAAGUGCUGUUGGACAGGACAUGCUUGCUGCUAAAAUUGAUGCAGCAAUUCAGGAAACUCGUGAGAAAUUAGCCUCUUCAUUUGGUGAAGUGACAUGGCGAAACAAAACUGUGCCCAUCAGGAAUGAAAAGGCGCGUGUUUUUAUCCUGCGUUAUGAAGAUAAGGACUCUGAAUUGAAUCGUCAGUCAACGUUUGAAGAAAAGAUGGAAGUUUUUGAUAAUUUGAUGAUGGGUAGUAAGGACGCUUUGCAAGGAAUUAAAGAUGAAAUCUCUGCUGAAAUGUCUUCAAAGAAGAGAAAUGAGAUUAAUGUCAGCCAACUUCAAUUCAUCAAGACAUACCUUUCAUACCUGCGACAGAUGUUGAUGAUAUCACGUAACUUGCUUAUGAUUGACUCCAUGAAGAUGAAGCUGCCUGCGUUAAUUGGGCAAUCGAAACAAGCUGUAAAGGGGAAGACUACCAAACCCGAGGACUUGAUCAGAUUGUAUGAUGGUAUAAUCCAAAGUUUGGUAGAGACAACUCAGACGUUAGAUAUUGAAGAUCGUGAAAGUUUGGAAGAAGAAAUAGAAGCACAAAUAAAGGGUUAUAAAGCCUUUAGGUGUUUUUACAUCGCGCAGUCUUAUCAAAGUUCAAAGAAAUGGAUCGAAGCUGUAGCUUUAUACGAUCGUGUUAUCACUUACGUCAAUACGGCCACUGAGAAGAUCAAAGCUUGUCAUAAUGCUUUACUUAGUGGUUUAGUUGAAAAAUUGGAAAGCAUUGCCAAAGAAGCGAAAGGACACAAGUAUGCGGCUCAUGCAGCUAGCAUCUUAGAAAACUCCGAGGUGGAGAGUGGUGUUCAGAAGAUGUCUUUAACAGAUCAGGUGCUGGUCGACAGAUUAGAAUCUUAUCAAGAAUAUCGCUCUAUACCCAAGAAACCACAUUUAGUUCACUUUCCUCCAGAGCCGGAAGCGCUACCUUGUAAACCAUUAUUCUUUGAUCUCGCUUUGAACCAUAUCGAUCUGCCUGAUUUGGAGUCUCGUUUGGAGAAGAAGAAAGAGGCUGGUGGUAUAAGUGGAUUUGUUAAGGGAUGGUUGUGGGGAAAUAAAUAGAUUUUUAAAAAUUGUAUCACCUAGAAUUUUUUUUGGUAUUAAAAGAUGUGUCAGUAGUGUUA